GCGCGCGGAGCCUCGGAGAAGCAGCUGAAACCGGUUUGGAUCGAGCGAGAGGCGAAGGAGAAGAGCGGCGGCGCCGGAGCCGGAGCCGGAGUCGGAGCCGGAGUCGGAGUCGGAGCCGGGAGAGCGGGCGGCAAAGAGCGUGAAAGGGUUGCCGGGUCGAGCCGGAGAUCAGGAAGAGAACCAGAUCCCAGCCCGGGAUCAGGGAGCAGCAACUCAUCCCAGGGUCACCUAGCCCGGGACCAGGGAUCCGAUUCCACCUGAGAUCCAGGGAUCUGAUGCUGACUUAACUGAAUCCAGCUCAGCUCAGGACCAGGAACCCAUACAAUCAGAGCUGAAGACGUUAAUCCAGGAUCGUAUCCUGAGGAAGAAAGGAAAAAUGGAGGUUUUUCUGUGUCACCCCGUGCUGAAGGCCUUCAUGUGUGGAUCUCUGAGCGGGACCUGUUCGACGCUGCUUUUCCAGCCCCUGGACCUCGUGAAGACUCGCCUGCAAACUGUGCAAGGCUCAAUGAGUGGGUCUGGGCGUGUUGGAAUGAUCACCAUUUUACUGAAUGUUAUUCGUACUGAGCGAAUUAUUGGAUUGUGGAAAGGAGUGUCUCCGUCAUUUGUCCGAUGCAUUCCCGGUGUGGGGAUUUAUUUCAGCACGCUCUACUCCACGAAACAGCACUUCUUCAGCGAGAGGAGCCCAACGGCGCUGGAGUCGGUGGCUUUAGGUGCCAGCGCUCGCACUGUAGCGGGCAUCUGCAUGUUGCCCGUAACCGUGGUGAAGACUCGAUACGAGAGCGGGAAGUUUCAAUACGAAAGUGUGUUCAGUGCUUUGAGGAAUAUCUACAAGACUGAGGGUGCACGGGCACUGUUUAGUGGACUGACAGCCACACUCCUCCGUGAUGCCCCCUUCUCCGGGAUUUACCUCAUGUUCUACACGCAGACCAAGAAAGCAGUGCCUGAAAACCGGUACGAGACACCGAUUGUCCCUCUGAUCAACUUCAGCUGUGGCAUCUUCGCAGGCAUUUUGGCUUCUUUGGUGACACAGCCAGCGGACGUUAUAAAGACACACAUGCAGCUGUCUCCUGAGAAGUAUCGGCGAGUUAAACACACCAUCAUUUUCAUCUUUGAGGGGUUGCUUGGAGUGUUCUUUUAUCUUCAUGGAGUAAUUUUUGCCAGGAUACUGACUCACCAGCAGUUGGACCUUCCAGAUAUAGAACGAUGGAGUUGUGGGAUUUUUCCGAGGAGCCGUCCCUCGUUCAUUGCGGCGCUCACUCAUGGCUGCCAUGGCCUGGACAGUGUAUGAACAGAUGAUGACCAAGUUGGGCCUCAAGUCAUGAAAAGCCGGACAGUUAAAGGAAGGACCUUAGGAUAACGGAGAGAAGGGACAAUGUCACUGGAGUUUUGUGUCCUGAGACUUCAACAGGCCUGAAGCCUUUGAGUGUGAACAGUGAUUCUUUUUCUUUGGUUUUAAAAAAAUUGGCUUCAUAGCAGAGUGAAGUUCACACAGUUUCAACCAAGCCAGAGAAUUCCUGGUAGUCAUGCAGACAUCCACAAUAACCUCGAGCCCUGUGCUGUUCCACUGAGGUUAUGUAACAGCCAGGAGUCACCUGUUUGUAACUCUGGAACCUGCCUGACCUUUUCCCAACUGACCUUGGGACAGUGGUGAUUAAGCAGCAAAAGGUGGUUAUUAAAAUACUGCAGUCAAUACCACUUGAUGGAAACCGUGCGUCACUCCUAUUGAUUGUGACCAAGCCCAGUCAACAGACAGAGCGGGGGAAUAUUUUACCUUGUGUGAGAUAAGAACACAGAGAUCACUGUACCAAAUGAUCUAUUUAAAUCUUCACAUUUCCCGCAUUAAACAAUCAUGCUUUAUUAAAGAAUACUUCUCUAUGAA